AUGCCUCGCAACAUUCAAUUAAGUGACUUUGAAAAAGGACAAAUUAUUGGAAUGCAUAAGCUUGGAGCUACAAUGACGUUUAUUGCUACAGUAUUAAAUCGUGAUCGUUCUGCAGUAUCUCGAUUUUUAACUCGAUAUAAAGAAGGAAAUGUUGAAACCGUCAUACGUUCAGGAAGACCAUUGAUUAUGACUAAUAUGGAUGAGCAAAACCUCAUUGAUGCAGCAAUCCAUUACAACGAUCUGCCGCUUAAAGAAAUAUUAGCUAAUCGUGAUAUUAAUAUUUCACGAUCUUUGGCAAGAAAAAUCUUGCACAAGAAUAGAAUCUGGGGACGUAUAGCCGCUAAGAAACCAGGACCAUUGGUUUUUAUAAAAGAAAGAAAUGGCGCAGGAGCAAUUAAUGCUCGAAGAUAUGUUGAGGUAUUAAAAGAUCAUCUGGUACCUUUUUGCCGUGAAUUAAUUGCAAUGUUCGGAGAUAAUAUCAUCUAUCAAGAUGACAAUGCACCUAUUCACAGAGCACGAUAUACUCAAGAAUGGAUGAAUAAUGAAAAUAUUAACC